AUGUUCUCCACGCUGAAAUUAUUCCAAGUGCCUUGCCCAGAUGCAAGAACCUGCAUACGACCAAACUGUUUAUUUUCGCACAACAGCAGCAUACCUACCCCGCCUGGCCUUUCUAUUCCGAUCGAGCAACCAACUACCACCCAACCACCCCCUCCCAGGCCCUCAACAUCAAGCACCAUACCCGCCAAACGACCAUUAUCCACACCGUCUUCCCCGAAUGAACCUCCGCGAAAGAAUUUGAAAGUAGCACCUAAUCGAGCGGUCCCCACUCCUCAACAGCCGACCUCUGGGCCACCUGUUCUUCGCAUCAAUGCCGCAGCCAGCUUCGUACCACUCCCUGUACGCCAAGCGCUGUUGAAAACUCUUUACGACCACUUUGUCGUCCUAUAUGAUGAUAUACCUGGAAUAUCUACUUCGCUAGCGUCUGAACAUGCUCUUCGACAAGAACAAGAAAUCUACGACAAGUCAAACAAGCAGAGCUAUCGCGUGGCAAUUAUUCAAUGUUGUGCAGCGAUCAAGCGGAGACCCACCCCAGAUUCGACAUCCCAUUCGUCUGUAGGUACUGAGGCAGAGGUUUUGGCCCGCGCUGAGGCGCAAAAAACGCGGAAAUCACUUCGUUUGACUCGCAAUCAUCUGGAACAUCUUAUUCUCUCCAGGGCAGAACUAGAAACAUGGGGCUUCAUCGUCGAAAUCCCAUUCGGAAUUGGUGGAGAUAAGCCUAGUAUUGAAAACGAGUUGUCUACCUGCGAUCGUUGUCGGAAAGCGGUUCUGGUAAAGCGAAGGGAAGAGGCGGAAGAAUGCAUAUACCACUGGGGCAAACCAAUUUCACGCGUCGUUAGCGGUCAGAGGGUGCGGGUUCAUCGUUGUUGCGGGAAACAAGCACCAGACGACGAAGGAUGUGCUAGUGGCCCCCAUGUUUUCUACGAAAACAAACCAGAAGAUCUGCACGCUCGUCACGCGUUCUCCUACCUCAAGUCCCCACCUUCUGCCAGCACUGUUCUUGAUGUCGCUUCAGUGGAUUGUGAGAUGGUCUACACGACGGGUGGGAUGCGUGUGGCUCGCGUCUCUGUUGUCGACGGAAAUGGCGACCCUGUAUUCGACGAGCUGGUGACAAUGGACGAAGGGGUGCAUAUAAUAGACUUCAACACCCGAUUUUCGGGUAUUACGGAGGAAGAGUAUGGCAAGGCGGUGCUAUCUUUGUCGGCCAUUCGAGAAGCGCUGGACCGACUUAUCGACCGGGAUACGAUUCUCAUUGGCCAUGGUUUGGACAACGACCUCAAUACGCUUCGCAUAAUUCAUCAUAACAACGUGGACACCUCCAUCAUCUUCAAACAUUCCGCUGGUCCACCAUACCGCAAGGCUCUACGAGACCUCGCCCGAGAACAUCUCGGUAUCUCGAUUCAGAAUGGAGGGGGAAGUGUGGGCCAUUCGUCGCUUGAGGAUUGCAUAGCGACAUUAGAUCUAGUGAAGUGGUACAUUACCAGUCCCAACUCGCACAAGACGUAA